GAGCUAUUUAACUUUUGCUAACUUGACAGCCACGUCACCUCCUCUCUGAUGAGCCUCCGUUUUUGGACCGCUACACAGGAAUAAGAGGAAUUUACGCGUGAAUAUUUUGCAGAAGUUUCGUUUGUUUGAAGGCGCACUCCUAGCAAACGAGCUGCUUAAUCCGUGUGACGCUCAUUCGUGAUGCCGUUGGGUUUGGGCGCAUUGUAGGAACCUCAGAGCUCCUGCUUGUUGUUUGGCUUUUUGUUUUUUCUUCAAACCCAAUUGAGAAGUCCGUGCAGGCCCGUUGAGAUUUUCUUGUUUUAAUUUCAUUUGGAAGCUAAGUACAUUAACAGCAGCAUGAAUAUCUUUCGUCUCGCGGGUGACGUGUGCCAUUUGGUGGCUAUUAUCAUCCUGUUAUUGAAGAUAUGGAGGUCCAGGUCCUGCGCUGGAAUCUCUGGGAAGUCACAGGUGCUGUUUGCAAUAGUAUUUACCACCAGAUAUCUGGAUCUUUUUACAAUCUUCAUCUCACCCUACAACACAAUCAUGAAGGUGGUGUUUCUGGCUCUGUCCUAUGCUACAGUGUACCUGAUCUAUGUGCGCUUCAGGAACACCUUCAACUCUGAGAACGACUCUUUCCGCCUGGAGUUCCUGCUGGUGCCGGUCAUCGGGCUGUCCUUCCUGGAGAACUACGCCUUCACCCCACUGGAGAUCUUGUGGACGUUCUCCAUCUUCCUGGAGUCAGUCGCCAUAAUGCCACAACUCUUUAUGAUCACUAAGACCGGAGAGGCGGAGUCUAUCACCACGCACUACCUGUUCUUCUUGGGCCUCUAUAGAGCGCUCUACAUCGCUAACUGGGUGUGGCGUUACCACACCGAGGGGUUCUUUGACCAGAUCGCUGUGGUGUCCGGCGUGGUGCAGACCAUUUUCUACAUCGACUUUUUCUAUCUUUACGUCACAAAGGUGCUCAGAGGAAGAGGAAAGAUGACCCUACCAAUGCCAGUUUAAGCCACACGUCUGCAUCAUAGCCCCACCUGUGCCUGCCUCCGUUCAGUAUUCACUCAGACGGACUAAAGAUCGCUCUUUUGGAUCGGUACUGAAAGCGAGGCGUUAACGGCGUUUCCUCCAAGUUCCGUGUGUGUUUUUAUUUGUUCAUCAUACGUGAUUCCGAACAUGUCACACAUGCACAAAAAGCAACUGCAUGGAAAAUGUCUUUCCAUGACUCCAUGGGAGAUCUUCAAAUUAGUUUUAUUGACAGCUUUGAAUUGUACAAAAGUCAACAUCUGUGUUUGGCACUCAUGUUCAUUACACAAAUCCACUGUUUUUACUGUCAAACAGCUGAGGGUGCACCUGCAGGUUCCUGCCUCACAAUCCAAACUUAUUACACAUUCUUCAUUUUCAAUCACCCCACACUCCCAAAAAUCUAUUGGAUGCAAUAAUUUGUGUGGUUUUUGCCAACUUUUUGUAUUUUUUCAUCUUCUUCUGUGUCUGUUUGUGGGAUAAAAAAGGGCUAAAUGUAUUUUCUAUUUCUAUAGAGCCAAAGUUUGUGUGUUUUAGUUUAUUUUAUUGGUCACAGUAUCUUUACUAAACUGUUUUUUGGGGUCAAAGGGGAAGAGAAAAUACCAUUAGAGGAAGCUCUUUAAGACACAAAUGUGUUAAUCGCAGUAACUCAAAUUGCACUCCUUUAUUAUAACAUAAAAUGCCUCUAAUUAAACUUCUUUUUUCCUGGGAUCUGAAGCAGAUUCUAUGUGCAAAUCUUGCACACAAGUCUGUUGUAUUGUCACGGCAUGCUCUUUAAAGUGCUGAUGUACAGAUUUGUAGACGUGUUGAAACCGAAUAAACACUGUCGAGUGAGUUUUUCCUCCA